CCGUUGUCUUCCCUAUUUAAUUCAGAAACCCUUGGUUGCAGUAGUGCUCCUUUUUAUUCGCCACUUUCUCUCGUCUCUCUGUGUUCUAGCUCGGCAAGCAAGCGACAAUGGCAACCGCAACACCAUUAUGCGAAGAAACUGUAAAGAAGGUUAUUCGUCAGGUCGAGUUUUACUUUAGCGACAGCAAUCUUCCAAGGGAUAAGUUCAUGAGCGAAACCAUUAGUAACAGUGAAGAUGGGUUGAUCGAUUUGAGCCUCAUCUGUUCAUUUUCUCGUAUGAGAACCCACUUAAACUUGGGAGAUGUUAAAUCAGAGGAGGUUCCAGAAGAAACAGUGAAGGCUGUUGCAGAAACUUUGAGGAGUUCUCCUUUCCUUAAGGUGUCUGAAGAUGGAAAGAGAAUUGGGAGGGCUUUUGAGCUUCCCAAACCAGAGGAAGUUAUACAACAACUAGAUAAUAGGACAAUUGCUGCAUCACCAUUACAAUAUGAUGUCAAGCUUGAAGAUGUGGAAUCUUUCUUUAGUCAAUUUGCAAAGGUUACUAGCGUUAGGCUGCCUCGUCAUGUUUCUGACAAAAGGUUAUUCUGUGGCACUGCUCUCAUUGAGUUCUCAACAGAAGAAGAUGCAGAAAGUAUCUUGAAACAAAGCUUGGUUCAUGCUGGUGUUGAGUUAGAACUAAAAACCAAGAAGGAUUUUGACGAAGAAAGAGUUAAACUGGAAGAAGCUUCUGCAACAACCAAUGUUGCAGUGGGGAGGAACGAUAGAAAGAAUUCGACUGCUGAAGAGACCUACACGAAGGGGUUAAUUAUUUCAUUUACCCUGAAGAAACUGUUGCCUGAUGGUUCUGUAGAGGAAAUUACUCUCAAAGAGUCAUCCAAUGGCAAUGAUGAAAAUGCAGGUGAAGGAGUUGAGAAGGUCAUCUCAGAAAAGCCUACAGAGGAGAUGGAGAAAGAGAAUGUAGAAACUCCCGAGGAAAAAGUGGUUCCUGCAAAAGAGGGCAUGAAGGAUCUAGUUUCCCGAGAAGAUUUGAAGGAAAUUUUCGACAAGUAUGGCAGUGUGAAGUACAUUGAGUUUGCAAUAGGAGAAACUUCAGGGUUUAUCCGGUUUAAUGAAGCUGAAGCUGGGCAAAAAGCCCGAGCUGCUGCUGCACUUGCAGAACAAGGUGGUCUUAUCGUAAAAGAUUACAUUGCUACUUUAGAUUCUGUUACAGGUGAGGCUGAAAAGGAGUACUGGGGCAAACUCCGCGGUGGUCAAGGAAGGUAUAAAGAUUCUAAGAAUAACCGUGGAGGAGGAAGGUGUGUAUAAAUAAAUAGACAUAAUAUCUUAUUAGUAAUAGGUCAUUUUGACAAAUCUAAUUUGUUUUUUUAACAAUAGAGGUGGGAGAGGACACCGAGGAGGCAGCGGUGGAAGGCAUCAAUACAAUGGCAAGCAUCAUCGAUCUGGAGGAGAUCACAAUGAUUCUCGCAAGGCCAGGAAGAUUGAGGCAUCAUAAGAGCAGAGCACCCAACAAACUUGAACUUUUUAAUGCUCUUUUUUUGACUAAUUUUAUGAUACUUUAGUUAUUUUGGAUUUAAUUACUUUUUAAAUAUGUUUUGUGCUAAAAAUAUCUAUGGUUGAUGUGCUCUUUUUCUUAUAACCAUAAUCAUUAUGUGAAAGAAAGUUGGUCAACUGUUGCCCUUUAAUUUAUUUUUUUCUCAUUA